AUGGUUCAAUCGUCUGGUGGAAGCGAGUGGCAAAUAAUUUUCAAACCACAAGUGGGCCCUAUUAGUGAUUACGCUAAGUCACGAAUGGAGGUGUUUUACACGAUGACAAAGCGCAAAUCGAGAAUAGCUUGUCUUUAUAUUCAUUAUGACCCAACUGGGUCUCGCCACACUUUUUCAACAUCCGCGAAUGGUGGUGAUCCAGAAAGUCGUAUUACCAUACUCUUUAGCCAUGGAAACGCUGUUGAUAUAGGUCAAAUGGCUGGUUUUUUGUUUUCAUUGUCUCAACGAUUCGGAGUGAAUGUCCUGGUAUAUGACUAUUCAGGUUAUGGGGCAAGUACGGGACAAACUCUUGAGGCUAACCUCUAUGCCGAUGGCGAGGCAGCUUUAGUAGAGCUGAGGGAACGUUACCUAUGCCCUUUAAAUCGCAUUGUCCUCUAUGGUCAGAGCAUUGGAACUGCACCUACCGUUGAGUUGGCUACCCACUAUGCGGUUGCUGGCGUUGUCUUGCAUUCGGCCUUGAUGUCUGGACUCCGAGUCGUUUGUCCCGGAACCACCCGUCGGUUUUGUUUUGACCCAUUUAACAGCAUAGAUAAAGUUGAGCAUAUUCAAUCGCCAACCCUUGUAAUUCACGGAACAGAUGAUCACGUGAUUGGUCUGCACCAUGGAAAGGAGUUGUAUGCACGUCUACCGAAUCCUCUUGAGCCCCUCUGGGUUGAUGGGGCUGAUCACAAUAAUAUUGAGCUCUUCCAUGAAUACACCAUUCGCCUCGAAAAGUUCUUCCAGGUGGAUAUGCGUCAGGCAGUGAAACGAUCGCCAGAUGUUCCUGUGAAAGAACAUUCCUUACUAAAUAUGACUGUGAAUGAUCAAAAUCGGUCAACCGCUUUUGAUCGGAAUGCUUUAAAGUUGGUUGAUGAACGUCGACAACGCCAUUCAUGGAACUCCACUGUGCCAUUAUCCCCUCUUAACGUCUCUCUCAAAACGACACCCUUUGUCACUACUUCCAAGAGCCCUACUGCUGCUUCUCUCGCUGAAUCCCAAGUUUCCCCAUCUGUGGUGAAGUCGCCUCGCGCAAGUUACGGAAAUCAUAUAAAGGUGUUUGGUGUUGAUGCUGCUACUACUGGUUCCUCGAUUUCUCUGCCCUUGGACACAAACAGUGAAUCGGCCAGAGACCCAUUGGAUCAUGAGAAAACAUCAGGGAAAGACCGAUCCACUUCCGAGUGGGUAUUUCAGUCAGCAGAGAAGCAAAAAUCUCCUUUGAACCAGAAUCAAGAUCUCUAA